AGUUGCAACUAGAGGACGACCAGCUUGAUCGGCGCCACAGUGAAACAUUCAGCGCUUACAUUUCGCUGGAAGUUCACACGGAAAGGAGGAAGGAGACUCAGCCCGCUGUAGUGUAAAAUUGCGUUUAUUCGACGAUUUAGUAAAUACUAAAUUACCAAUCAUGAAGUUACUGUGGGCUGUCAGUGCCCUUCUGUUGAGCUGUUGGCGAGCCAGUGCCUCCACAGCCCCAAACAUCAUUACUGAACCCUCCGAGGUCAGCAACCAGACCUCUGCAGUCCUCAGCUGUAACUUGACAGAGUCCAACCUUCCCAUCAAGGGCUCCCACUGGACGCACAAUGGCAAACUCAUUGAAAAUUCCAAGUCUACUCUGGCCAGUCCAUUCACAGUCCUUCGUUUGGACAAGAUCACAUACACUUCUGGUGGAAAGUAUGAAUGUGUGUUCCUGACUGAGCCAGAGGUGAAGCAGACAAUUGAAGUCAAAACAAUUGCCCAUGUUUCUGCCUACAAACACUCUGAGCAUGGCAAUGAGAAGGACAAAGGUGUGAUGGUCUGUGUGAGCCACGGGUAUCCACUGCCCACUGACUGGGGAUGGGUCAAAGUUAAAGAUGGCAUCCAAGUGCCUAUCAUGAACGGCUCUAGCGACAAAUAUGAGAUCCAGAGCACCCUCAACAAGACCACUCUAACCAUUAAUGACCUGAGCAUUGAAAACGACAUCGGGGACUACAUAUGCUUUGCAACAAAUGAACUUGGCAUGUCCAACGACAAGAUCCACCUGCGUGUCCGCAGUCGCUUGGCUGCUCUGUGGCCCUUCCUUGGCAUUGUGGCUGAGGUCAUCAUCCUGGUGACCAUCAUCUUCAUCUAUGAAAAGAGGAGAAAGCCUGAUGAGGUCAACGACGAUGACGACUCAGGAUCUGCUCCUUUGAAGAGCAAUUCUAAUGCAAAUCACAAAGACAAGAAUGUGAGGCAAAGGAAUUCCAACUAGAAGCUGAAAGAGAUGGACAACCCACACGGAAGUCCAGGAUUCAGCUGUUGUGUUGCACAUUCUUAGUGUGCACCCUGCAAUUUUAAGUACCUUUUUUGUGCUUGGGUGUUGAUGUUUAAAGAAGUUGACCGAUUUUCCUCUUUUGUUCUUCUAUAUUCUUCUCCACAUUGUGCAGCCAGAGAACAUAGUGUGAAAUAAUUUCUGUUUGAGGCCAUGGGGCACAUAUUGCAUGAGUUUUAAAAUGCUAUCUAGCAAAAGUGUGUGUUUUGUUGUAAAAAUCACUAGAAUGUUCACAUGAGGAAUGCUUAGUUUGCGCUUAUUUUCAGUUGAUGCUGAUGCUUCCCGCACUGACCUCACAGUUGUUGUUCUUUUGCUUUUGAUAUUCUGCAGAGUGGACUGGUUACUUGUAAAACCAGCACAAGUUCUGUUCAGAGGAACAAUUUUAAACCUGAUGCAUCGCUGCAAUUCUUAUAGCAACAACUGGAGUGCGUUUGAAUUCACGUUUGAUCUGUCCCUACAACACGACAAACCUCCCUUUGCAGAGUGUUAUACUUUGCCUUAACAAGCACGAUGUCUCUUUUUGUGUUCUAGCAUUUUGUUACCUGCCACAAGAUGUGAAUGAAAUGCAGGAGCAACUUAAGAUUCUACGUAUGCUAGGUUUUGUUGCCGUAAGAAAUUACAGUUCUUUUUAGAAAGGAAAGCUUUUGUCCCUUUAAUUCAUGCUUUGAUUUCCUUUUUCCUAUUAACAUAUUUUAAAUGGAAAGUUUUAGUCACACAAUGUUUUUGUUGCCAGUGUCAAAGCCACAUAAAAAGAUAAUAUGGACCAAGUGCAAGAGAUGUUGCUUCUGUUGAAUGCAACUUUAAUACUAAGCAAUGAUGUUUCAAUCUAAUACAGCAGAUAAACGUUAUAAAAAGAUGUAUUUCUUUCUCACUCAAUGUGAUCUGAGAUGAUUUAAAAAAACAAAACAAAAAAAAACAUUUGUGUGCGAUUGUUGAACCGUCGUCUCUGUCCCCCUUCACUGUGUAGAUGAUUCAAAGCCAUAUGUUCCAUAUAACCUGAUUAGUGUUGUGAUUGGAUGUUACCAUUUCAGAAUUACACAAAUAAAAAAGACCUAGCCAGAGUUGUGUAAAUUGUUGUAUUUUUUCCGAGUAGAUGGAAAGUUAUCGGUUGUACAACUUGCACAAACUGAAUAAAGGUAUUGGAUUUUA